CGAUGUUUUGGUCAGGGUCUCAGGGUCUGUGGAGAUAGCAUGCAUAGGAGUAUAAUCGCCUUAAAAUCAAUCACGACGGUAGUAAUUUCAAUGAAACUCGAUAAUAACGAUCAACCACCGGAUUACCCCCCAAUAUCAGAUCAUAAUAAAUCUUGUCUCGUCUACAAUUCAAUCAACAAAAUGCACUUCCGGCACGACUCGCCCUCCGCAUCGGGCAUCCAGCAUGCCUCAGGCCGCCAAGACACCGCAUCCGCCACCUGGAGAUUGUCACGUCCCUCCACCAUAAUCCCUCCAUCUAUCUGACUACUUUCUCUCCCGAAUUCCCCCUCUGGCACUCGAGUUGACAUUCGUGCUGCCAUGUCUCGACGGGUCCCUCCGAGCCAGGCUGCUCAAAACCAGCAGACUAUCAAGACCCUGCUGAAACUCGACCAAAACAAGACCUGUGCUGAUUGCAAGCGCAACAAACAUCCGCGAUGGGCAUCAUGGAACCUAGGCAUCUUUAUUUGUAUCCGUUGCUCGGGCAUUCACAGGGGUAUGGGCACGCAUAUCAGUAGAGUCAAAUCAGUGGACCUCGACUCGUGGACCGACGAACAACUUCAGAGUGUGAUAAAAUGGGGCAAUGGAAGGGCCAACAAGUAUUGGGAAGCCAAGCUUGCGCCCGGCCAUGUCCCUUCCGAAGCGAAGAUCGAAAACUUCAUUCGAACCAAGUACGAAUCUAAGCGUUGGAUCAUGGAUGGGUCCAUGCCCGACCCUUCGACCCUUGACGACGGCGAUGACGAUGUGCCCUUGGCGGUUGUGCAGGAGAAAGCGAAGCUCGAGCGUUCUGCGUCGCAGCGGGCACCCCCCAGCCAGCCCGCGCCAGCUCCACGGCAACAACCGAUUAACCUCUUCGACGACGAUGAGAUUAUUUCCCCGCCAGUCCGUCCUAGUACGACGGAUCCCGCCCCUCGUGCUGCUGUUCCCAGGCCGCCCCAGCCUCAAUCACAACCUGCUCCGAAGCAGCACAAGCCGACAGAUUCGUUGCUCGGACUUGAUUUCUUUGGCGAGACCCAGUCUCCGAACACCAGUCGCCCAGCCAGCGUUGCAUCCACACCUGGUGGUUCAUCAAGAUUGUCUCGACCGGAUCUGAAGCAGUCUAUCUUGUCUCUCUACGCAAAGCCUCCACCGGCUCCCGUGAAGCAUGAGCGCCAGCCCUCAUUUGGAGAAUUGGCCUCUCCGGCGCCGCAGUCAGCAUCCUCGUCGAAUAUGGGUGGUUUGACCGAUGCAUUCAGCGGGUUGAGUUUCCCAUCGACGACUUCCCCGCCGCCCCCGAAGCCAGUUGAAAAGCCGUCCCCGUUUGCGAACCUGACGAGCUUCGCCAGCACAAAGUCACCUCCCGCGGCCCCUAAGGUUUCAUCCCCUGCCGCCUCUGCCGGCGGUGGCAGUUUGUUUGACAGCCUCACAUCGCCAACAAUGCCUCCUCCCAAGCCCCAAUCGCGAACCACAUCAAUCUCCUCCGGGGCAGAUAUGGGAUUCUCGGGCUUUACAUCUCCUCCACCAAGCAAGCCUAACCCGCCGCCGGCGUCAUCCUUGUCUAAUGACCUGUUUGGUGACUUUUCUACUCCGGCCCCGGCACCUAAAGCUGCCUCGCCGGCGCCCGCAGCAACUUCCACUUCUCCGCAGGAUUUGAGGUCGGCAUUCAACCUUAACCCUCCGCCAGCACCUAAGCCUGCGGUGCCAGCAGCACCAGCCGCUACAAGCAGCAUGUUCUCGGCAAGCCUGGACCCCUGGGGAGGAGGCGGCAAUGCAUGGAGCACGCCUGACCCGGCUCCUGCUGCAUCUCCUGCACCCGCUGCACCUACUUCAACGGCCUCAUUAGCUUCGUCUAUGAUGAAGGUCCCCGACACCUUGACAGCUAGCGAUGUCGGUGCUGGCUGGGGUGCCCCGACAUCCCCUGGUAUCUCUUCGAAGCCAGCACCUGCUGUUGCCACGGAUGAAGAUUUCGGAGGCUGGGCCAGCGCAGCACCCAUCUCGACAACUAAUAGCGGUCCAUCUAAACCGGCAGGCGGGUUUGGCGGAUCCGAUGACUUGUUUUCCAAUGUUUGGGAGUAA